AUGCCUCGCGAGCACAGAGACCAGCCGAUCGACUUCUGGGGCAGUAUAGCUUACGAGUGGUUCGCCGACGAGGAAGAGCGCAAGGCGAUGGAGGCCGCAGAGCGCCGCAGGAAGCAGCAGGAGAAAGAGGCUGCCAAAGCCGCGAAGAAGGGCGAGUCCAGCCAUUCCAAAGAAUCAAGCAAAGGUGGCGGUAGUUCUUCAGGAAGCAAGCACAGCGGCAGCAAGAGUGGCUCGGCUAAAGAGCAGAGUAUCCCAGCUGAGCAGUCCAUAGCCAGAAAGAUGGGAAACACCAAUAGCUCCCCCCGCGCCGCUGAAAAGGACAAAAAGCGGCACAAGAAGCGUGGACACCGAUCCAAGAAGAGCAAGUCCAAGAAGUCCAAGAAAAACCCCGGAGACUAUCCACUUUUGGUUCGCUUCUUUGGCUUCAAGGGCAACAUGAAGCGGGCCCACCACACCAGGCACACUCAUCACAAGAAGGGAAAGGAUGCCAAGUUGGUCUUCCACAAGGAUAGUGACCACAAGAAACGUCGUAAGUCCCACCGCAGCUCCCAUCAGUCCUCCAAGGGAGAUUCCAAGGGCGAUGGCACUCGCCAUUCGCGCCAUGGAUCUUCUCGUCAUGGUCAUCGGGGCUCAUCUCGACACAGGCCCGGCCGAGACCUAGCAGACUCUGAAAAAACCAUCCCCGAACAUUCGGUCUUCGAGCCCAACUCAAAUGAGCUUCAACUUUACGACCGCGGCGACCUUGAAGCCGAAGAGGACGAGUACUCCUCGGGCACGGAGGACUUGACCCCUACGCCAAGCCAGCGCUUGAGCGACGAGCCGCUCCGGCCGGAUGAUAGCAUCAGCGGCAUCAUGGGUAGGAUGCACUUGAACGACAAUAGGGGCUAAGCCCAGGUUUCCUUUGUUCAUUUGGGUCGAUGGUUUAUUGUGUCUUUCUUUUGUCUCGUGACAACCAGGCGCCUGAUAGCAGA